UCAGAGAAUAAAAUUAUAGAAGAUUUUUGACGUUUAGAAUAAGGAUAGUUUACAGGCCAAUAAACCUUGUCUGAGUUAAUAUAUAGGGUAGUGGAAGUGGCUAUAAAUUGUUGUUUAUCAACUAUGAAAUUCCAUCUGUAGUCUCUGCAAGUAUUUAUUCAUCAAAACUAAAGUAAUCAAGCAAAUAUGGCUGCUUUCUCUUUGAUCAGUAUGUGUACAGUUUCUCUAGUAUUGUUGCAGGUUUUUGCAUUGGGAUUGCCAGCCCAUAAUCUCGAAACAAUGGAAAUUUAUGCUAGUGAGCUCAUGGAUGCUGCCAAGAGUGAUAUUGAAUGGUUAAAAUCCAUAAGAAGAAGUAUUCAUGAGUACCCAGAACUCCUUUUUCAGGAAUACAACACAAGUGCUCUUAUCAGAAGAGAGCUUGAUAACAUUGGGGUAUCGUACAAAUGGCCUUAUGCAAAGACUGGUGUGGUGGCCCAGAUAGGCUCCGGAUCGCCUGCUGUUGUUGCUCUCAGGGCUGAUAUGGAUGCUCUGCCUUUGCAAGAGCUAGUGGAGUGGGAACACAAGAGUAAAAUUGCAGGAAGAAUGCAUGCAUGUGGGCAUGAUGCACAUGUCACUAUGCUACUUGGGGCUGCUAAAUUGCUUAACCAAAGGAAAGACAAACUCAAGGGCACGGUGAGACUUAUAUUCCAACCUGCAGAAGAAGGGGGGGCAGGUGCAGAACUUAUGAUCAAAGAAGGUGCACUUGCAGAUGCUGAGGCUAUAUUUGGAAUGCAUGUUGAUUAUUCAUUGCCAACUGGCACCAUUUCCUCAAGACCAGGGCCAGUAUGUGCUGCUGGAGCUACAUUUGAGGUAACAAUAGAUGGGAAAGGUGGGCAUGCAGCAUUUCCACACAUGAAUACGGACCCAAUUGUUGCUACAUCAUUUAUAAUUUUGAGUUUGCAGGGGAUUAUUUCUCGAGAAACAGAUCCCCUUCACAGCCAGGUGCUAUCAAUUGGAUUUAUCAAUGGUGGAGAAGGGUAUAAUGUCAUUCCAGGAAGAGUUCAAUUUGGAGGCACUUUGCGGAGCUUAACAACAAAAGAUCUCAUCAAUCUUAAGAAAAGAGUGAAGGAGGUAAUAGAAAGUCAAGCUGCUGUGCAUAGAUGCAUGGCUUCUGUAGAUUUCUUAGAAAAGCAGCACCCAAUGUACCCAGCUGUUGAAAAUGAUGAAAUUUUGCACAAUCACAUAAAGAAGGUUGGUGCAACUUUGCUUAGUUCAAAUAAUGUGAAAAUAUCACAGCAAGUGAUGGCAGGUGAAGAUUUUUCAUUCUAUCAACAGAUUAUACCGGGUUUAAUGUUUACUAUUGGUAUUAGAAAUGAAAAUAUUGGGUCAAUCUAUUCUCCACACUCGCCAUUUUUCUUUUUGGAUGAAGAUGUGCUUCCUAUAGGAGCAACCCUGCAUACUGCAUCUGUUGAAAUGUAUUUUGACAAUUAAAUGGACCGGGUAAAUGGAUGCACUCAUGAAACAAGGCAUACAAAGUAUGCUAGGAAUACAUUAGUUCUCAUUAUUUCAUAUAAUUGAAUUAUUUUCAUGA